AUCAACGUCGCCGCGAUGGUCUCCGGCACGAGGGCCCGCGGCACGUUCGAGGAGCGGUUCACCGGCCUCAUCGCCGAGGUUGAGGCCGCGGUGGCCGGGAAGGUCGUCCUGUUCAUCGACGAGAUACACACGCUGCUCGGCGCCGGCCGCUUUUCUGGCUGCAUGGACGCGGCCAACAUGCUGAAGCCGGCGCUGGCGAGGGGCCGUGUCCGGUGCCUCGGCGCCACGACGCAUGCCGAGUACCACCACUACUUUCUCCAGGACAAGGCGUUGGAGCGGCGGUUCCAGAAGGUGCACGUCUCGGAGCCCAGCGAGGACGAAACCGUGGCCAUCCUCCGGCGGCUCAAGGCGGCGUACGAGGAGCACCACGGCAUGGAGAUCCAGGACGAGGCGCUCGUCGCCGCCGCCAAGCUCUCCGGCCGCUAUAUCCCAGCACGGCAUUUCCCGGACAAGGCGAUCGAUCUUGUUGAUGAGGCGUGCGCGACGGCGAGGCUGGUGAUGGAUCGCCGGAAGAAGCAAGCCACAGGCGACGGCGACAAGCCCUUGGCGCCCAAGGACGAAAACGUCGGACUGGACCAUAUAGCUCAGAUCGUGAGCAAAUGGACAGGAAUCCCAGUGACCAGUCUCGGGACUGACGAGAGGAAGCGGCUACUGGAGCUGCCGAAGCGGCUGCACUGGCGCGUGAUCGACCAGGACGAGGCGGUGAACGUCGUCGCCGAGGCCGUGGUGCGCUCGCGAUCGGGCCUCGGGGAGCCAAACCAGCCGUCAGGAUCCUUCCUCUUCCUCGGCCCCACCGGCGUCGGCAAGACGGAGCUCGCCAAGGCCCUCGCCGAGCAGCUCUUCGGCAAUGAGAAGCUGCUCGUCCGCAUCGACAUGUCCGAAUACAUGGGCAGCAGCUCCGUCACUCGCCUCAUCGGCGCAUCUCCUGGGUCGUAUGGGUACGAGAAGGGUGGGCAGCUGACGGAGCUGGUGCGGCAGCGCCCCUACAGUGUGGUCCUCCUGGAUGAGGUGGAGAAGGCCGACGCCGCCGUGCUCAAUGUCUUCCUCCAGAUCCUCGACGACGGGCGCGUCACCGACGGGCACGGCCGCACCAUCAACUUCACCAACACCAUCAUCAUCAUGACCUCCAACCUCGGGGCGCACCACCUCCUCGCCCGCGCAGCCACAAAGGACAUGGAAGCCACCCGCAAGCGUGUGAUCGCCGACGUGCGGAGGCACUUCCGCCCCGAGCUCAUCAACCGGCUGAGCGAGAUGGUGAUCUUCCGCCCGCUCUCCGGCGAGCAGCUGCGGAGGGUGGCGAGGAUGCAGCUCAAAGGCAUUGCCGCGCGCCUCGCUGAGAAGGGCAUCGGCCUCGACGUCACGGACGCGGCCCUCGACGUGAUCCUCUCGCGGUCCACCGACCAGGUGCAGAUGUACGGCGCGAGGCCGAUCAAACGCUGCCUGCAGAAGAACGUCAUGACCAGGAUAUCCAAGAUGGUGGUGCGGGAGGAGGUGAACGACGACUGCUACGUGUCUGUCGACGCCGAUGAGGAGAAGAAGGACCUGGUGUUUGCCGUGGACAAGCAGAGUUCCAACGAGAACGACGACCCGUCAUCCUCUUCCACCAAGAAGAGGAAGAGGCCCCCGGCGAAGCAUCUAGUCGUGAUUGAUGAUGACGAAGACGAGUGA